CACUGUCAGUAAAUGUGCACAGAGGAGCUGCAGCCUGGUCACACACUCUUGUCUCUGCUGACAGAUGUUUGUAGCAGCAGCGGCAGCAGCUGUUUGAAGUAACUCUGGAAUAUCCGAAGAAAACAGAGGGAGGAGGAAGAGGAGGAGGAGGAGGGUCACCUGAGGAGAAAGGUCACUGUUGGCAAGAGAAGUCGAAACACAGUAAAAAACACAGAAUGGCGGCUAAAGGAGAACGAGUUUGUCCCGCCGGACAAAAGCAACUCCACGACUCUUCAGAGUCUGACUCUGAGCCGGAGGUGGAGCCCGCUCGGGUGGCCAGCACCGGGCCGUUCGCCGCCGCUUUCCCCCGCACCCAGGUCAUCCACAGCGGCCACUUCAUGGUGUCAUCCCCGCACAGCGACUCGGUGUCGCGCAGGAGGAAAAGCGGCGGUUCUCUCAGAUACGACUUUGACACCGUGAACAGGACGUGGUGUCAAACUUACCGGCUGAGCUACGGCAGCCUGAGCAUCGACCCCACUCUGACCCGCCUGUUUGAGUGCAUGUCUCUGGCCUACAGUGGUAAGAUAGUGUCACCAAAGUGGAAGUCUUUUAAAGGCCUGCGGCUGCUGUGGAGGGACAAGAUCCGACUGAACAAUGCCAUCUGGAGAGCUUGGUUCAUUCAAUAUGUCGAGAGGAGGAAGAGCUCGGUGUGUGGCUUCGUCACUCCGCUCGAGGGCUCUGAGGCCGAUGCCCAUCGAAAGCCCGAAGCGAUCGUGUUAGAGGGCAGCUACUGGAAGCGAAGGAUCGAGGUGGUGAUCAAGGAGUAUCACAAGUGGAGGAUUUACUACAAAAAGAGGCUCCAGAAAAAGAAGGAUGAUAUUCUUUCAAUGCUACAAGAGAGUCAGAUCUGCCAGGCCAAACUGGAGAAAUGGUCGAGUCAGAUGUACCAGGAGGCUGAAGCUGCGCCAGUGGAGGCUCACAUGUUUGACCUGGACUGCCUCCUGUCGGACAUCUCUGACACACUGUUCACCAUGACGCAGAAGCCAUGUCCCUGGGCCAGUGACGGACACAGCACCUACACCACCAAUGCUGAUAUAAUCCAGCCCGGACUAACUCCACUGCAGCCUAGUAUGGAUGAUUUCAUGGAUAUACCAGAUAUCUUCAUGACCUACAGAGGCCAGCCCACUGAGCAGACUGCUUUUGCUGACUGUAGCUAUUUUGAGAGUCCAUCCAACGCCGCAUUUGCUCCAGUUUCCUCUCCCGUAGUAACAGCUCCUCAGCUUCUUAUCAACAGCCAGCUGGCCCAGCCCAGCCUGUCCGCUGAUAAGUCCCCUCAACCCUCCUCAUCCAAUACCCGACCGGAGCUGAGCAGGCUUGUCCAGGACUGCAGUGAAUACCACGAAUCCAGCAUCAGAUCAGGAGCCAUGACAUAUGGACCCCAGUACUCUAAUGCACCUGUUUCAAUAGCGUUCAGUACCAGCAUUGAGGAGCCAGUCUCUGCGGCUAUUCCCUUUCUGCAUCCGCUGCCAUGCCACAAGUUCGGUUACUACACUACGUCGAGCGUGACCUCCACCGUCAUUACCCACACUGCCUCCUCCAUGGGGCCCCAGGCCUCUGUGCACCAGGGUCACGGUUUAUCGCACACAGCGGACACGUACCCUCAGACCGCCUGCCACUCUCUCAGCUACGCCGACGCCAUGCCUGACCCUGUCCGGGCACCGCUGCCCUCCGUCACGGCGCCCCACUGCUUCUCAGUGCCCGAGCAGGUGGCUGUCACGGGAGUCAGAGGCAAGCACAAGCAGAAGACGGGAGGAGCGAGGACACUGUGUCCCUCUGUGGCUUCACAUGCCUCCCAGUUCACUGCCCCCACACCGACUAGCUGUCUGGCUAAACUGCUCUGCUCCAGCGGUAGGGAACGGAAGCCAGCACUGGGACUGGAUACUAUUCUCGUGACAACCAAAGGUCAGAGGUCAUCAUCACCCAGCUCUACGCUAAGCAGCAGCAGCAGCAGCAGCAGUAGUGGUGGCAAACAUGUUGGAGGAGUGUCAUCACAGCCGCAGCAUGGAGUUGGCUGGCCUGCGGGGAUGUCAGUGUUGACACCUCUGCACAGCCAGAGUGUCGGUCUGACGACUCACAACAGACUAGCCCAUGCAGGCACCUCCAGGGGCUUGGCAGUGUCCAACCUACUCACCCACGGCUCCACACAUACCGGCACAACCCUCCUUGUUCCCAAGACUGAGGAACUGUCUCCUGUUCAGCUCUACGGCACAGACAGGAGCAGCUUAUCUGUUAAUUUCCCUGAAAACCCAGGAAGAACAUCCCCGUCAAACCUUUUGGAAAAAUCCUCCUACCCCGAGUCCCCUCAGUCAGGCUUCUCAGGACAUGGAAAAAUAGAAUCAAGUAAGCAAACUGACACCAGGAGGAUCACUCACAUCUCAGCGGAGCAAAAGAGGCGUUUCAACAUCAAACUUGGAUUUGACACGUUGCAUAACCUUGUGACAACGCUCAGCUCUCAGCCGAGCAUAAAGAUCAGCAAAGCCACCACGCUGCAGAAGACGGCGGAGUAUAUCAGUAAGAUGCAGCAGGAGAGAGCUCAGCUGCACGAGGAGGCCCAAAGACUCAGAGAGGAAAUCCAGCUCCUCAACUCUGCCAUCAAUACGUGUCAGCUGCAGCUUCCAGCCACUGGUGUGCCCAUCACACGGCAGCGCUUUGACCACAUGAGGCAGAAGUUCAGAGAGUAUGUCCGGGCACAGACUCUGCAGAACUGGAAGUUUUGGAUUUUCAGUAUCAUCAUUGAACCGCUCUUUGAGUCCUAUAACGGAAUGGUGUCCACUGCCAGUGUGGAGGACCUGUGUCGAUCCACUCUGUCCUGGCUGGACCAGCACUGUUCGCUGCCUACCCUCAGACCCAUGGUCCUGAGUUCACUCCGUCUCCUGAGCACCACGACCGCCAUUCUGACGGACCCCACACUUCUGCCAGAGCAGGCCACCCUCGCUGUCACACAGGGAGACCCAGGUGCUUCUGGUGCUGCUUCUGCUGCAGCAGCACCAGACAACUCCCUACAGCCAACCACAUGGGACAAUGUGCACCCCAUGUGACCCUGGAGAACAGACUCCAGACUUAACUGGAACCUACUAUGAUGCUCAGGAGACCAAGGAAACAUUGAAGACCUGAACACUGAAGCCCUGAGACUGUUGAUAAUAAUUAUCCGAUACAUCUCACCAGCUGCAAAAAGAAUGUAUUUCAGUUCACCCAAAAAAAAAAAAUCAUACCACGUAAGUGUGGAUGUUAAUUAGAUUAAAGUUGUUGUUAUGUU